AUGCACGAACAGCUGUCGAAGAAGUUACAAGCGCGAUCAGCCAACGAUCCAUUCUUAUUCUAUAAUGUUGGCAUGAGCUUUGUCUGGAUGGACGGCUACCAGAGAUCCAAAGAACCUUUGUCGCGAAUCGUGUUUACAAAAGGAUGUCCCACUUGUCAUGAUGUAAAUAUGCUGACACGGUGCAAUGAUCACUUGGAUGUUAUUAUUGGAUUUUCUUCGGGGGACUGCGUCUGGUACGAUCCACUCAGCGGAAGAUAUAUACGACUGAACAAAGGGGGCGUUUUGAACAGUUCGUCUGUGACGAACGUGAAAUGGAUUCCAGGGUCAGAAGAUCUUUUCAUGGCUUCGUUCAGUGACGGGACCAUCAUGAUUUUAGACAAGGAAAAAGAAGAUCAAACGUUUUCUGUUCCCUCGGUAUCAUCAUGGACGUCAGAUCAAUUUCAAGCCAGUAAGCCUCACCGAAACACCAAAUACAAUCCUGUGUCCCAUUGGCGCGUCAAUACCAAAGGAGUAUCAGCGUUUGAAUUUUCACCUAAUGGUGAACAUGUGGCGGUGGUCGGCAUGGAUGGCCAACUGCGUAUCAUCAAUUAUCAAAAGGAAAGAUUAGAAGACGUGUUUGGAAGUUAUUAUGGACAACUGUUAUGCGUGGCCUGGAGUCCCGAUGGCAGAUAUCUUUUGACGGGUGGACAAGAUGACUUGGUGACGAUUUGGGCGUUCCCAGAACAACGCAUCGUUGCUCGUUGUCAAGGCCAUAAAUCAUGGGUGACUGGAGUCGCGUUUGAUCCCUGGCGAUGCGAUGAUCGCGUAUACCGUUUCUGUAGUGUAGGCGAUGAUUGCAAGCUCAUAUUUUGGGAUUUCUCAUUCAACGCGCUUCAUCGACCAAAGCAGGCAAGUGGUUUUUAG